GGAGAGGAGGGGCGGCGGCGGCGGCCGGCGGCCGGAAUCGUUUCCUGGGUAAGGCUGGGAAGCGUUUCCGGAGGGCUGGCUGCAUCCCGCAGCGGGCUCCGGGCGCCUCGGGAGCGGCGCGGUGCGGCGGGCAGUGAUCGCUUUGGUCAGAGAGGAGGGCAAAGCCCACCAGCUUGUUUGCAACUCAAGCAGCUGCGCUGCUCUGGAGGACUGCUGCUGGCACUGUGCUGAGCUGGGGCUCUCCAAGUUGAAAUGAGAAGAUUUUCUUGAAAAUGGCUGUCUGGCUGGUAGUAGUAACCUUCUUGUAGAAAGGCAGCUAAGCAUCCUGUGCUCGUCACCUUGCCCUAGCGGCUCUGCCUGGGUGAGGUGGUUGGGACCUCUCGUCUGGGGAGAGCUGAGGCUUUUGCAGAUGUUGCCAGUUUUGCCGCAUUUGUCCUGUGGUCCAGAAAAGCAGGCACCUUUCUAAUGAGUGGGAUGAUAUUGCGUAAGGACGAAUGGGAGAUGAUGACUAAUUUUUCUACAUUUGCUUUACAGUUUGACAUGGUGAAGGUUUAGUAUUGAGCAGGAUUUCAGCAGGUUUCAAAAUUCAUUUUGGCUGUGCUUCGUCUGACUGCUUUUUCCAUCGCUCUUUCUUCAAACUGUUUUCUUCCCUUUCUGAUCCUGUUUUAUGGUUCCAGAGGCUUCAGGGUGCUUCAAAGGCUCAGGAUGCAAUUGUUGAUGUUUUGAGUCCAUCUUCUUGAUGUUCAGCCAAAAGAGAAAUAGUUGUUUCACUUGCAAUUUUACCCAACCUCUGCGAUGAGAAAGAAGCUGAUCUGAACUCAGCUGUGUUUUUUAAUUGAUCUACAAUUCUUCUUUUUUUCUUGUCCUGCUCUCUAAAACAGCCAGCUCAGUAAAUCUAGCAACUGUUACAGUAGUUGCCUAGUGGCUGUGUUUUUAAAUGCUUGCAAAAAAAUAGUAGAUGGUAGAAUUGAGCUAAGCACUUCUUUCCUUAGAACUGUGCUAAUACGGUGUUGCACAUCUUUUCCUCCACCAAGUCAUCAAAAUUGCAGGCAGUUCUCAUUAAGGCUUAACACGAUAAAGAAAAGUUGAAUUUAGAUACAACGCUGCCAACUAAUUAUAAUCUAGCGCUUGUGCACUAAUAUAAAUCUUGCUUGAAAUAUGCUUAAUUGCAUUUGAAAUAAUUUCAGCUGAAAACUAAUAUUUUUUAUUUUAUUUUUUACUUAAGGCUUGCACAUAGUGUUUGUUGAUGUGCUUGUGGCUAUUGGCUAUUUUUCUUUCCCUCACUAUAAAGGAAUUUAACAUUUAAUAUUUAAUACGUUUAUUAUUUAUUUUUCAGUUUCUUCUUCAGUUAUCUAAGAUCAGAUGUUUCUGAGGUCAAGGGCUCUGCCUGUUUCUCUCUUCAAAGGAACUGAGAUUCGCAAAACAGUGCUAAGCCAAAGGCUGGAGAAUAAAGAUGAACUUUUUAAGUCCCCAGCUGCUGACUUAAAUGAAAGGAGGGAGGUCAAUGCAAGCUCUGCCUCCAAAACUCAUGAGCCGUGUCCAUGAGAAACACAGAAAUGACUUAACGUGAUGCUGAUGAGUGGGGAGGUGGAGUUCUGCUGCCUUCAGAGAAACAAUACCGUUUUUUUUUUCCUGUAUUUGUUUCUUUUUUAAUUAUUGGAGCAUUACGUGCAAUCACUGAACUUUGCAGCCCCUUGGUUGUAAGAAGUGCAUGUAGUUGUGUAAGCCGUGCAGUUCCGAGCGCUGCAGAAAUAAGAGCUUCCACUGAAUUGCUUCAGUUUUGAUUAAAAGGGAGGGAGGAUGAGUGCAUAUUAGUACAGAAGGCUCUCUGGGAAAGGAGUGCUCACAGAAUGAAGAACAUCCUUUUAGCCAAAUGCCUUUGUGUGGGAGGAAAACUAACGUUAAAGCGAAGCUGAAAUAUCACGAGUUUCUUGGGAUGCUGGAGGGAUGGUCUGGCAGGGCUCCUGAGAGCUGGAAUUGAACAAAGGCACUGAAAUGCAAUGGACGCUCAUCUCCGUUCAGCGCUUUGCAGUAGCUUUCCUCAUUUCUUCAUUGUGACCUGAGCGGGUGUUGGUGCCAAGGUCUCGAGGACUUAGUGCUCCAGUACGGACUUCCCACCAGCGAGCUGGGGAGGCUAAGCGUUUCGAUCCAUACUGGGAGAGCAGCUGACGGCGUGCGGUAAUGUGCUGACUGGCACUAUGGGCAGGCGGUACCCGGGGGCUCACUAUCGGCCAAGCAGCUCACUCGAUUCCAGUGUGGACGCGCUGGCGGUGUUUAUGGCAAGCAGCAGCGCGCCGGACGCUGUGAAUCGCAAUAACCCCGCCACCCCGCCGAACACCCUCAACCUGCGCUCCUCUCACAAUGAGCUUCUGAACGCGGAGAUCAGGCACACCGAGAGCAAGAACAGCACUCCCCCCAAAUGCAGGAAAAAAUACGCCCUGACUAACAUUCAGACGGCCAUGGGCCUUUCCGACCCAGCAGCGCAGCCCCUUCUGGGGAGCAGCUCUGCCAACAUAAAGCUGGUGAAGAAUGGAGAAAACCAGCUGCGGAAAGCCGCGGAGCAGGGACAGCAGGAUCCCAACAAAAACCUCAGUACCACGGCAGGCAUGAACGUAACUUCUGAGAAGUUUGAAGGUAAAGAGCCAAUCCCGCAGGAUUCCUCCGGCUGUGAAAUAUUACCCUUGCAGCCCAGGAGGACCAAGAGCUUCCUGAAUUACUAUGCAGACCUGGAGACGUCCACUAGAGAGCUAGAGCAGAGUUUUGUCGCUGUGGAGGAUAAAUCUGCACAAAGCAACAGCCAGGCUUCUACCAUUAUUGUCAAUGGGGAAGCCCUGCCCCGGAAACAAAACAAGCAGUCCAGCCCAGAGGAUGGCCAAGCUGCCAUGGUGUCUUCGAGCCCCGAGACUAAGAAAGACCACCCGAAAACGGGGGCCAAGACGGACUGUGCGCUCCACAGGAUUCAAAACCUGGCUCCGAGCGAUGAGGACUCCAGCUGGACCACGCUGUCCCAGGACAGCGCUUCGCCGAGCUCACCCGACGAGACAGAUAUAUGGAGUGAUCAAUCAUUUCAGACAGACCCCGACUUACCACCUGGCUGGAAAAAGAUCAAUGACAUUGCUGGGAUCUACUACUGGCACAUACCAACAGGAACAACUCAAUGGCAACGUCCGGUGUCCAUUCCAACAGAUCUGCAGGGCUCACGGAAAGGAUCACUUGGUUCCAUUACUCCAUCCCCUACUCCAGAAACUGAGAAACAGCCAUGGAGUGAUUUUGCUGUACUGAAUGGGGGAAAGAUUAAUAGUGACAUUUGGAAGGAUCUGCAUGCAGCCACUGUGAACCCAGACCCAAGUCUGAAAGAGUUUGAAGGAGCAACGUUGCGCUAUGCCUCCUUGAAGCUCAGAAAUGCUCCUCAAUCUGAUGAUGAUGAUUCUUGUAGCAUCAACAGUGAUCCAGAAGCCAAGUGCUUUGCUGUGCGCUCUCUGGGCUGGGUAGAAAUGGCAGAAGAAGAUCUUGCUCCUGGAAAAAGCAGCGUUGCUGUGAACAAUUGCAUCAGACAACUUUCUUACUGUAAAAACGACAUCAGAGACACCGUUGGCAUCUGGGGAGAGGGCAAAGACAUGUAUCUGAUCCUGGAGAACGACAUGCUGAACCUGAUCGACCCCAUGGAUCGCACAGUUCUUCACUCGCAGCCCAUCGUGAGCAUCAGAGUGUGGGGAGUGGGUCGUGACAACGGCCGAGACUUUGCUUAUGUGGCAAGAGACAAAGACACAAGAAUUCUGAAAUGUCAUGUGUUUCGAUGUGACACACCAGCAAAAGCCAUCGCCACAAGUUUACACGAAAUCUGUUCAAAGAUUAUGGCUGAACGGAAGAAUGCUAAAGCUAUGGCUUGCAGCUCACUACAAGAGAGGAGUAACGUCACCCUUGAUGUUCCUCUGCAAGUAGAUUUCCCAACACCAAAGACAGAACUGGUGCAGAAGUUCCACGUCCAGUACCUGGGCAUGCUGCCUGUAGCUAAACCUGUGGGGAUGGAUACUCUGAACAGUGCUAUUGAAAGUCUGAUGGCUUCCUCUAGCAGGGAGGACUGGAUGCCAGUUACCAUGAAUGUUGCUGACGCUACUGUCACAGUCAUCAACGAAAGAAAUGAAGAGGAAAUCAUGGUGGAGUGUCGUGUACGGUUCCUGUCCUUCAUGGGAGUAGGCAAGGAUGUUCACACAUUUGCCUUCAUUAUGGAUACGGGAAACCAGCAUUUUGAGUGCCAUGUUUUUUGGUGUGAGCCAAAUGCAGGCAACGUAUCAGAAGCUGUUCAGGCUGCUUGUAUGUUACGGUAUCAGAAGUGCUUAGUAGCCAGACCACCUUCACAGAAAGUCCGGCCACCCCCACCUCCUGCAGAUUCGGUGACGAGAAGAGUUACAACUAAUGUGAAAAGAGGAGUGUUGUCCCUCAUUGACACUUUGAAACAGAAACGCCCCGUCACUGAGAUGCCCUAGCUGCGUAAGAGAGAAGAUUCUCCUAACAUUUAACUGCAGAUAACAGUAGCUACACUAAGGAAAAUGAACUGACAAUGUUUGGCCUUCCAUUUCAAAUUGCUGAUGCUUUGUCUUCAGAGAAUUUAUCCUUAUCAAAACAAUGUUAGACAAGCAUGUUCUCUCGUUCUUGCCACCAUCGUGUGAUAUGAAAAGAAGCAUGAAUAAUUUUUUGCUGUCACUGAGUUACACCAUGAGCGAUGGAAGGUCUGCUUGACUGUAAAUACAUGAACGUUACCAAAACUCACACAAAAAAAAGAAUAUGGCCACGUCCUUCCCAGUGAACUCAUGCUAAAGUCCUUGGAAUGAAUGAUGCCAGAGUUGAUAGGUUCACCGUCUCGAGCUGGAUUUGCCACAAACCAAUCUUAAAUCCUACUGCACUUUGCUCAGUUUUCAACACUGGAGUAGGUACCAAGGAUCAGCUGCCGUUGAAUUACUGUAGAUUAAAUACCAAGUUUUAUUUUUUACUGAACUACACCUGUUAGUUUUAAAUUGUUUGUCAGCAUUGGUCUAGCAAUCACUGCACCAUCUCCCUGACAUGCUUUUGAAUCAUUGCGUCAUUUGAUCGCCUGUUUAUACAUUAUGGUUGUAGAGAAGAAUCAUGUUUGAUACCAAACCAAUGCUGAAAAAUCCAGGAGUGUUUUCAGUAAUUGAGUACAGGGUGACCCACUGAAGCUUUUCAUUUUUAAACAUACUAAUGCAAAUGUUGGCUGUUAAACUCAUUGUCCCAAAUCUGUCAUUAAUCCAUCAAAAAUACAAUUUGUUCCACAUAGAGCUCAUACCAACCAGGAAUAAGAAAGAAUCGGUAGUUUUACUGUCUUAAAACUCUUACAGAGACUAAAAUGUUACCUACCUUUUCCAUAUGAGUGUUUGAUUAUAUGUUCAAUUAAUUAUCUGGUUGCACAACUCCCCCUUCCCCUCAGUCUGUUGCUGAACACUUAGUGUGUCACAAAAAGAACAAUCAUAUUUUUAUUUGCACAAUUCAAUGAAAUUUCUUUUACUUUUAAUGCUCUGUGACAAAAUAAUGGGAGAGAUGUUUUCUGACAGGACAGUGCUUCAAGUGGGACAACUUAAUUUCAAUGCUUUUGCUCCAAAGGCCUCCUGUAAUUGCCUUGAUCCACACACUAGUGCAGAUCCUGACAAAGUCAGCACAGUAUUGCCCCUUAAAAUUGUACUUCACGCUAAUCUUCAACUGCAGUUACAUAUCUUUAGUUUCUCCCUUUGCCAUCUUCUCUUUAGACCUGCAGAUUGGUACAAAUUUUGGAAAUGGAAAAUUAAAGAUAUUUUUAAGUAGUGUUAAAAAUGCUUUGCCUCCAUUUAUAGGUAUGUUCCAAACUGUAUCUGUCUCCUAAGUGUGUAAAUUUGGUCAUAAUGUAAUUCUAAAAGAACAUUGUCAAUGUUGUUUUUACAAGAACUUUUUAUUUUACUAUACUAGGUUGUUAUAAACAAAGAAUGCUAUUUUUUUUUCUUAUUGGAAGAAAUCAACAGCAACACCUGGGCAAAGCAAAUUGAGAAUAAAGGAGGAAAGAACGAUGGUUCAAGACAUUUCUGCAUGGAAAAUGUAGAACUAUUAAAGUAAAGCCAGCCUGAGGUAUGAGCAGGGGUAGGUGAAGGCUAACUAUGCAACUAUGGCCAUCUAAACUGGAGGAGCUGAUCCUCCUCUGAUCUCUGUAUGACAGGGAUUCUGCACCCAUGGCAGUGGAGCAAUUCUUUCCUUUCCUGCUGCCUCCUUUGGACCACAUCUAUUGUUCGUACAGUUGGAAGAGAACUCAGAUCAGCCUAAUGUGAAGAAACUUAGAGAAAUCACCCACGUCUCUGAAUUUGAUCCAGUUGGCUACUUGGCCGUGCAGAUGACAGGUAAUGCCAAGCAGACAGAGAAAGCUGGAGGUGAGAGGAGGCAAGCCCACCCCAUUUAGGAUUUGGAUUUGCAGCUGUUCUACAAAGAAUUUUAAACAGUAUAAUCCAGUUUGGUAGUUGUAUCUACACAGUGCUGAGUCUCCCCAGGAGAGAUACAGACUCCGUGUUUAAACUAAACCACCACUUAGGAAACAGCAGUGUAAAGGUAAGAACCUGGGUGAAGAAUCUUUACACAUCCGUGUUGUCAAGGCUAGAACAUCUACUUAGCUUUCACUAGCAAAAUGUGCAGCUGCAGGAAGGGCUGAAGGAGAAGACAGGUAUUUGAAAAGCUGUAGUCAUUUGCCAAUAUAUGUUUUGAGUUUUGUGUUACCAAAAUGCUGUUGAUUUUGCAAAUAUCCAAGCAGUGUGCCAAAUGGUCUGAAUACAUUUGGCCCUUCUGUUGCAGUAGACCUUCUUAUUUUCCAAAAAAUUAAACACACCCAGGUGUUUGCAAAAUCAGAACCUAAUAUUGCAAAGCCCGGUACCUUUUGUUAGACAUAUAUUAAGACACUUUUACCAUGGCCAAAAAUGUAUGUAUGCCAUACGUGUGCUUGAGUAAUUGCUACUGUUUUAGUUGAUGUUCUAGCAACCCUUCAGUUAUCUAUGCAUUUUUUUAUAAUACCUAGUGAUUCUGUAGGCAGGCAGCCAUGUUCAGUAUGCCUUGUAUGUCUGAUGCCAUAUUUUAAAUUAACCUGUUAAAUACAGCUUAAAAUAUUUUUAUUUUAUUUAUUCUAUUUUUACUGAAAUAUCCUGCAUUAUUAUGUUGAUGUAUUGUCUUUACUGGACGUGAUCUUGUAACAUUCUCUGCUCUGUAUACUAUAGGUUGCCUAAAAAGGCAAGCCUUGUAAUUAUUUGUAGUCACAUUUUUAUUGAAGUCUGUAGAAAAAUCAUGUAAAGCAAAGCUAAUUUCUUAAUUUUUUUCAAUGCAAGUAGUAAGUUAGAGGUAAGUAUCACAUGUCAGUCAUGUCAUUAAUGUGCUCCCUUGCAGAAGCAAGGAGAUUUAUAUUCGCAGUUGAAAACUAGAGAUAAAAGCCUUUCUUUUGAAAUCUGCAGUGCUGGCUGUAGGUUUUAUUUAAGCCACUUACUAUUUCAUUUGAAGGGGAAAAAUGGGAUGCGGGAGAUGUAAGGCCAUAGAGGCCACCUACAGGGGGGUUAAGUGGGAGUAACAAAAAUUGCAUGGAAGGGGCAUAGAAUCCACUCACAAUAAAAGGAGUUCUUAGUGAUAAACAUUGUGUGCAGAACCACCUUGUACCUCUUGAAACAAGAGGCCCUUUUGUGAUAGGAAGAAAAGCUGUGGAGUAUCUAAUAGCUUAUGCCAGUUCUGUGUAAUUUGCUGAGAGUUCUACAUCCCUUUUCUUUUAAUUUUACCAAGCAUUUCAUAGAUGUUUGAUUAGGGAUCUGAAGUUGUUAGUAAAGCACCCACGGAAAACGGAACUUUCUUAUUUCAGCAGCUAAUCGGGGCUCAGCCUUUACAGCGUUAGCAGUAAUGCCAUGAUUCCUUCCUUGGGCAGGUCGAUACGUUACUAAAACUUGUGCUGUACAAUCAGCAGAAGUAAGUUUGAUUUAUUUUAACAGCAUUAAGAAGGAAGGAAACAGCCACUGUUUAUUAGCAGAGCUCAGUCUUGCAUAAAGCACCGAAUUGACACUGAAAAGGAUAAUUUUCCCUGCUGUUGACCACUUCUGCACAUUAAAAUGUAAUCUGUUCUGAGAAUAAAUUUAGCUGCAUAAAA